UCAAUGGCGCCCCCCUCGCAGAAAGUGGUGUGCAUAAAGCAUGUGAAGCAGGAGACGGCGGAGGAGUGGGACGAGACGAUGCCGCUGCCGGGGGACAUAAUCGAGGGCGUGGGCGAGGACUGCGGGGACGAGUCCUUCGUCUCGGCCAAGGCGCGGGCGGACCUCAACUCGCAGCUGGGGAGGAUCCACCGCGUGGCCGAGGUGGUGUGGCUGAAGGUGCGGAGAGGGGAGGGGACCCUCAAGCUCCGAGUCUGCGUCGUGCCGGACGUCAACGUCAAGCUGCAGAAGAAGUUCACCGUCCGGGCGGCCUCCGACGAGAGGCACGUCGCGGUUCUCGCCGAGAUGACCUUCCAAGAGUGCUUCGAUCUGCAAGAGAUGAGUAGGCGAGUGGUGAAUCUAGAUUUCAAGGGGUUUCAUCGUAAGGGGAUGAAAUACGACUGGAAGCACAAGGUCGGGUCGUCUUUACCCGACCGGCGAUCGACGGUGGUGAGCUCGAUUUUGUUCACGCCGCUGUCGAGGGAACGGGGCACGGAGGCGUCGACGGUUAGAGCGAUGGCGUGGUUUUCCGCGGCGAUUUCCUCUGGGAUUCCGCUCGUCUUCACCAACAUUCAAACUGAACAAAUCAUCACCUCGGAGAGGAGCCAGACAACAAGCACGGUAAACGUCGCCCAGGGCAUAAGGCUCUGGUUUCUGCCCGGCCUUGCUGAAGUCCCGAUCGAAUUGUUUCCCCGACCGGGAGAAUUCAGGUUCGGGAUGGACAUAAAGCGAACUGAAGAGGGCUUCAUCUGCGUGAACUCGGUGGCCCGAGGGACAGCUGCGGAGCGAGCUGGCCUCGGGCAACUGUUCGAGCAGGCGAACAGGACGCGCCACCUGCUUGUGAUCUCGAGGCUCAAGGGGAAGAGCUUGAUGCCGUCGACGGUCGACUCCGACGGCUUGAUUCAUUGUUGCGACAAUGCUGAUAUUAGGCAGGAAUUGUUUUUCGCUUUGGAAAAAGCCGAUAGCAUUCAGCUCCACUUGAUGUCUUGGCCGAGUGAGACCGUUGCUUCGUCGCCGGCGUCGGUGGUUGCAGCGCUUAGGCCUCCGGAAAGCUUCUGAUUUUGUGUAUAAUGUUUGAAGUGAAAUUGGGAAUAAGUCGUCGGAUUUCUCUAUCACAAAUUAUAAUUGAUGAUGUCAUUUUAUACACAUGUGUAUGAGUAAUGUGAGUAUUAGAGAUGUAGUGUUUGGAAAUUGGAAAUGAAAUAAAAUGAUUUUGGA